GCGAGGAGGCGGGGCCUCGCGCGCGGUUGGAGGCGUUGAUUGGCCGAGCGCGCUGUCGAUCACAGACGCGGCUUCCGGCGGCGGGACGGGCCCGCGCCGCCGCCGCAGCCGCCGCCCCUCCCGGCGCCAUGGAGGUGACGGUGGGCACGGCGGCGCUGGCGCUGGCGCUGCUGCUGCUGCCGCUGCUCUACGAGCGCUGCGGCUCCUUCCGCUUCUUCUGCAAGAUGGGCUUCUACAACGGCUGGAUCCUGCUGCUGGCGCUGCUGGCCAUCCCCCUGUGCGCCCUCAGGGGCCGCGACGUCGAGAACAUGAAGAUCAUCCGGGGGCUGAUGCAGCACGUCAAGCGGCUCUACGGCAUCCGCAUGGUGGUCAGGGGCGCGCAGCACUUCCCCCCGCGGCAGCCCUACGUGGUGGUGAGCAACCACCAGAGCUCGCUCGACCUGCUGGGGAUGAUGGAGGUGCUGCCCGACCGCUGCGUGCCCAUCGCCAAGCGCGAGCUGCUCUACAUGGGCGCCGUGGGCGUCGUCUGCUGGCUGGGGGGCAUCAUCUUCAUCGACCGCAAGAGGACGCACGACGCCAUCAGCGUCAUGGCCGAGGCCGCGCACACCAUGCUCAGCCAGGACGUGCGCGUGUGGGUGUUCCCCGAGGGCACGCGCAACCACAGCGGCUCCAUGCUGCCCUUCAAGCGCGGCGCCUUCCACCUGGCCGUGCAGGCCCAGGUCCCCGUGGUCCCCAUCGUCAUCUCGUCCUACCAGCACUUCUACAGCAAACGCGAGCGCAGGUUCACCGCCGGCCGCUGCGUGAUCCAGGUGCUGCCGCCGCUGCCCACGCGGGGCCUGGGCGCGGCCGACGUGCCGGCGCUGACGGAGCGCGUGCGCGCCGCCAUGCUGGACGCCUUCGAGGCGCUCUCGGCCGAGCUGCGGCCCCAGAGUGACCACCCGAGUGACCACGGCAGUGACCACACGAGUGACCAGAGGAGUGACCACACUGACCACACGAGUGACCACCGGAGUGACUGCUGGAGUGACCAGCGGAGUGACCACACGAGUGACCACCCAAGUGACCCGCGGAGUGACCACGGGAGUGACCACCUGAGUGACCACACAAGUGACCAUGGGAGUGACCAUCAGAGUGACCACAGGAGUGACCGCAGGAGUGACCACGGGAGUGACCACACGAGCGACUGCACGACUGACCACGGGAGUGACCAGCAGAGUGACCACACGAGUGAUCACCCAAGUGACCAGCGGAGUGAUCCAUGGAGUGACCGUCUGAGUGACCAUUGGAGUGACCAUCAGAGUGACCCGCGGAGUGACCCACACAGCCCCAGAGCCCCGAGUGACCCCUGGAGUGACCCCCGGAGUGACCCCUGGAGUGACCAGCACAGCCCCACGGCCGCCCAGAGUGACCGCAGCGCCCCACAGAGCCCUGGAGUGACCCCCGGUGUCCGGCAGUGA